GGUUGAACUCAUUUUUGUUCUCAAAAUGUAUGUGAAAUGGCUUUCUUUACUUAUAAUAUUAUGUAUUAUUAAGGCAACUGUAUGCCAGAAUUUAACACACUACAAGAAACUACACAAUGACUUAUUCAAUGACUAUAAUCCAGAUAUAACACCAUUUGACACUGAAAAUGGCAAUUCAAAUAAAAAGUGGAUUAAGUUUCAGUUUUAUAACCUUGGAAUAAACCAUUAUGAUGAAGUAGAUGGAAUAUUAUCUUUGACUGCAAUGACAAUUCUCACAUGGAUGGACUCUUCACUGCGAUGGAAACCGUCUGACUUUAACAAUAUUACACAAAUUACUGUUUAUACAGGUACAGUCUGGUUCCCAUAUAUCAUUCUAUUGAAUGAUGCAAACAAACUUGAACCGUUUGACAGUACCAGUCCUUCCAAAGUCAGCAUUUCAUAUAAUGGGAACAUAGAUUGGUCCCCUACUCAUGUUAUCAACUCUAAAUGUCCAGCUAAUAUGAGAAAAUUUCCAUUUGAUGAACAAAAAUGUUCAUUAACAUUUUUAGUAUGGGAACCAAGUAAGCAGAUAUAUCUUGAACCAGUAUCAAUGCCAUACAGUGACUAUUUUGAAGCUAAAAGCCCAGAUUGGAUAGUACAAAGUUGGGAAGUAACACCUGAUAAACAAGGAAAUAUAUCUUUGGCAGUUGUUCUGAAUAUCAAACGUGAACCACUAUAUUAUAUCAUCCUGGUAUUUACGCCAAUAGCCGUAUUAGCAUUACUGAAUCCACUUGUAUUUCUGCUUCCACAAAACUCUGGUGAAAGAAUAUCUUAUGGAAUGACAAUAUUGCUUUCAUUCGUGGUCUUCUUGACACUGGCGUCUGAUAAAAUACCAGCUACAUCAAAUCCAAUAUCAUUUCUGAUUGUCUUCAUCGUCUUAGUGUUUAUUGCAAGUGCUGUCAUACUGUUGUUCAAUAUCUUCAACUGCUACUUUUUUCACAAAAAAGACAAGGAAAUCAAAGGAUUUUUGAAGAAUAUAGCAAAGAUUUUGUGCAGAAAAGAGAGAAAGGAGAAGUUCUCUGCAAAUGAUGAAAUUACCAUCUUCUACAAAGACAUAGCAUUAUAGUUAGACAAGUUCUGUUUUGUAAUGUCUUAUAUUUUUAUGUUUAGCUUGAUAACUGUAUAUUUCAUUAUAUUACUUUACUGAAUAGUAAAAGAAUACGAAUUUAUUACA